UUCCCCUCUGUCUUCCGUGUGCGUUUGUAAGAAACAUGGCGGAAAGCGAACUGAACGUUGACAGCCUCAUCUCCCGACUUCUGGAAGUGCGAGGAUGUCGUCCAGGGAAGGUUGUUCAGAUGACGGAGGCCGAAGUGCGGGGGCUCUGCAUCAAGUCCAGAGAGAUUUUCCUCAGUCAACCGAUCCUGCUAGAACUGGAGGCUCCCCUUAAAAUCUGCGGUGAUAUCCAUGGGCAGUACACAGACCUGUUGAGGCUCUUUGAGUAUGGAGGGUUCCCUCCAGAGGCCAACUAUCUGUUCCUGGGGGAUUAUGUCGACAGAGGGAAGCAGUCCUUAGAGACCAUCUGCUUGCUCCUGGCCUACAAGAUCAAAUACCCAGAAAACUUCUUCUUGCUCAGGGGGAACCAUGAGUGUGCCUCCAUCAAUCGCAUCUAUGGCUUCUAUGACGAGUGCAAGCGCAGGUUCAACAUAAAACUCUGGAAGACUUUCACAGACUGUUUUAACUGUCUGCCCAUUGCAGCCAUUAUUGAUGAGAAAAUUUUCUGCUGCCAUGGGGGGCUCUCACCUGAUCUGCAGUCCAUGGAACAAAUUCGGCGAAUUAUGAGACCCACUGAUGUCCCAGACACAGGUUUGCUGUGUGACCUCCUCUGGUCAGACCCUGACAAAGACGUUCAGGGAUGGGGAGAAAAUGAUCGAGGUGUUUCCUUCACUUUUGGAGCAGACGUGGUCAGCAAGUUCCUAAACCGCCAUGACCUGGACCUCAUCUGCAGAGCACAUCAGGUUGUUGAAGAUGGCUACGAGUUCUUUGCCAAACGACAGCUGGUGACGCUGUUCUCUGCGCCCAACUACUGCGGGGAGUUUGACAACGCAGGAGGAAUGAUGAGUGUGGACGAGUCCCUUAUGUGCUCCUUUCAGAUCCUAAAGCCGUCAGAGAAAAAAGCUAAAUACCAGUACGGAGGUGUGAAUUCAGGACGCCCUGUCACUCCGCCUCGUACCACUCAGGCACCGAAAAAAAGGUGAGCGGCUGGCCCUGACUCUCCUGCUCCUCCCCCGGCUACUCUCUGGCCCAUUUCCCUGCAGGCUGCCUCAAACACUCCAGCCUUCUCUCAGUCAGCUUGUUCAUGUGUAAACAGAAAUUCCAGGAGUGUUUUAUUGCUUGUUUGUGGGUAUUUUUAUGAAUAUGUGAGUGGUAUUUUUCCCAUUUUUUGAUGCCAUGGUAUGUAUUACUCAGCCCUCACUUCUAAUACUCAGUCCAUUCAGCAAUAUUAAACCCAACCUCUUGUGGAAUGGACAAGAUGUUAAGAAAAGAUGCUUCUCUGCCUUCAGAUAAGUUUCCAUAGUGAUUUUUGUACAUGCAUGCACGCUUGUGAGAUUGAGACGGGUUCUCUGCUCUCAUUGAUGUAAAAUCCAUGAAUCCUCCUGACUGCAGGGCCAAAUAUUUUGAUUUGUCUGAUGUCCAUGAACGUAAUUACUGCCAGUCCCCUUUCAUACAUUUUAUUGGCUGCAGUAGUUCACUGCUUGCAUUAGACUUUGCCACGACUUUCCCUUCGACUCAAGAAUGUUUUUCUUCCCCCUAAGAUCUCAAUCAGAUCCUGAGAUUACAAAUGCAGCCGUAUGCAAAUAUUUACACUUUCUCUAAAGCCUAUUUCAAGCCUGUAAGCAGCCACAGCCCCUCCACUGUGUAUGACUAUGAAUCUACAGGUAAAAUACAUUUGUGUUCACAUUCAGUAGAUUCUCAGUAUUUACAGCCUCUGUUCUCAACCAGCACCAAGCUCUGAACCUUUUUUAAACAAGUCAUUGAAAAAGCAUUUGUGGUAUUAUCUGUUACAAAGCAAAAUUUCAAUUGUUGGAAUGAAAAGGAAAUCUCCAAGUACAUGGGCCACUCUGAGGAUAAAUACAAAUCUGAUAUUUCACAAACAGGGUCCUAAUAAGCAGAGGGAAAACUCAAUAUGUUAAAUUGUAAUUGUACAUGAAAAAUUUAAUGUAGAUAAAGUUGGAAUUAAACAGGUUUAAUAUAAAGAGUCUCAAACACAGCAGUAUAAGCCCAGUGGCUGCUGUUGAUAAAAUAUGGAUUAUUGAAGUAACAGGUUAAUUCUACCAUUUGAUGCUUAGUGACUUAAAACUAUCACAUUCUCAUAUUACUAUUUAGGCUAUACUGGGGUGCCGAUAAGGGGGGGGUAAACAUGACAAAAUCAUGGGGCCCAGCGGAUACAGGUUAGAAGGUGUGAAAAUUUCAUGUAAGAUCUGCUGUAUGAUAGAGGCAUAGAAGUCGGGAGUCGGAUGUUCAAAGCACGUUAAUUUUCAGUUUCAUGCUAGCAUAAGUGACGUUAUUUAUGGACGGCACCCGCUCCCCCCACGGUCCGACAGAUUGAGAAGAUACUCAAUUUAUGGAGGGUCCACAACGACUAUGCUUUCAUGUGGUCCACAAUUGGUAGCGGCACCCCUGAGGCUAUAUGACUUCUCAGUCAUUUUAAACCCAUACUACAAAAUAACCAUUAGAACUUUAGGCUAUUUUCUCCUCUUGUCUAUCAAUAUCAGAUUUGUCCCCUUCACUGUGGCCCUAGUACUCUGGUAGGAAUCAGAGCAAUGCAAUAGUGUACAAAAUCAAUUUCUCUUUUGAUGACAGUGUAGUGUAUGUGGGAUUAAACAUCAGUUAGCACUUUCAGUGGGUUUCUUGGAGUCUAGAUAGCACAGAAGUGUGGAGAAACUGAACUGCCAUUUUAACACAGGAAGGAACAUGAAGCAACUUGUUGGAUAAGAAUCGAACAUUAAGUACAAGUCUGAAAAAUGGUCAUCAGUAUUCAUUUUUAAAGCAGGUCAUAGCUUAACACAUCUGUACAGCUCUUUGUUGUUCACUGCAGUAGAUGUCAACCUCACAUAUAGGGACACUGAGUCAUUUUGACAUUUAGAAUGCAUUUUGUUUGUUGUUGACAUUAUGCUAGUAUAUUACACUGUUCCCACUUAGUGGUUAUUGAAUGAAGUAAAUCAUUUCCAACUCACUAAUAAACAUGUAUUUUUAUUUAUUUAAAUCUUGCCUUUUGCCUUGUAAAUCUAUUGGUCUUCAAGUUGGAAACCGUAUGUUAAGGUGUUCUGAGAUUUGUAUGAGUUUGUUUCACUUGAGUGGAAUAAAAGAAAGUGCUGAUAAAACUGUU